AUGUGGACGCCACGUUUCUGCCUAAAGUGGGGCCCUCAGCUGAAGCAGCUGCGCGCAGCCGUAGCCUCGACACAGCUCCGAGCGAUCAGUGCUCGCAUUGUGAACGAUUCGUUCAUUGUGGUGCAGCCGGAGUCUGAGGGAUCUGCCGGAUCGGAAUCGCUCACAUAUCCAGGCGUUUGGCUGCGGGACAAUUGUAGCUGCUCCGAGUGCUUUCAUGCCAGCUCGCAGUCCCGUCGCCUCGACUGGGAUAACUUUGAUGCGAGCGUGCGACCCCAACAUCUGCACACAGAUGCCGACACUCAGGAGAUUCACGUCCGCUGGAGUGACAGCCAUGUGAGUAGCUACUCGCUGCAGUGGCUGAGAGAGCGCAGCUUCAAGGAUCAGCGACAGCGCAACUAUCUGGACGACUUCUAUAGGCCGCGCACACACCAUUGGCGCGGAGCGGACUUCGAGCACGUCGCCCAACGUUUCGACUAUGGCGAUGUGAUGCACGAUGACAGAGCUCUGCGGGAUUGGCUGCAAGCACUGGCCGUCUAUGGAGUGGCCCUGAUUGGUGGCGCGCCCAUAGACAAGGGUGUGGUGCGCCAACUGGCCGAGCGGGUGGGCUUCAUUCGGCGCACCACCUACGGCGAGGAGUUCAUUGUGCAGGCCAAGCCGGGUGCCAAGAACUUUGCCUAUCUAUCCGAUCCAUUGCCACUCCACACCGAUCUGCCCUACUACGAGUACAAGCCGAGUGUCAACAUUUUGCACUGCAUGGUGCAGACGGAGUCGCGCGGUGGCAGCAAUCUUUUGGUGGACGCCUUCCACAUUGCCGAUCGUCUGCGCGCCGAACACCCCGAGGACUUUGAGCGCCUGAAGGAGACACCCGUUGACUGGAACGAUAUUGGCAGUGAGGAUGGACGCGAGUUUCACAAUAUCUGGCGAUCGCCCGUCAUCUGUUUGGACGGCGAUGGCCGUUACACGCGCAUCAAUCACAGCGUUCCACAGCGCGACAGUCACUUCAAUGUGCCCCUCGACCAGGUGCUGCCCUGGUAUGAGUCCUACGCCCGCUUUGUGAGAAUGGCUCGCGCCGAUGCGCACUCCUUCAAGACCCAACCGGGUGAUGUGCUGACCUUCAACAAUAUACGGCUGCUUCAUGGCCGGACCGGCUACGAUGACACCGAAGAGAAUUCACGGUACAUUGUGGGCGCCUAUUUGGAUUGGGAUAUCAUCUAUUCACGUCUCCGCGUCCUAAAAAAGAAACUGCCUCCAGCCUAAAGUAGUUAGUUACUAGAUGCGACCUAUGUUUAGAUUUUUUUUUUCAAUAAAGCGUAAAAGACAAAUCAUCUUUUCAAA